AUUCAAGAACGGAUGUUUUAAGAACGAAAGGGUAAAUGGUGUGAUGAAUUUGCAGAGAUCCCUUCUCCUCUCUCUCUCAAACUCCUCACUCUUCACCUCACUCUCUCUCUCUCUAAAACCCUAAACGCCAUUUUCUCUGCCGCAGUCUCGUCCUUUCCGCCGUCGUCUGGCCGCCAACACGGCCACCGUUUCGUUUCAGCUUCCGAUUUCAUCCCAUUUCCCGAGUUUUUCACUGAUCGUCGUCCGAAUGGCCUUCUCGUAGGCGACUUCAACGGGAGCGUCGUUAUAUCCUUCGUACCUCAGGCAACGCCGUCGUUUUAAGCUCCGAGGCUGAAACCAGUGCUUCGUCAACAUCAACGGCUUCGUUAGGUCGCCGGUCCAGAACUUCAGAUUUCCGAUACCGGCUAGGGUUUCGAAAUGUCUGUUUCCAAGAAACCAAGGCUUGACAUGUCUCACAGAUUGAAAGAAGAAAAGGGUUUUAGCCUGUCUGAACUAGAAGACUAUAAAUAUGACUAUUACGAUCUGUUAAAGAAAGGCAGUUAUAAGGUGAAAAAUUCUGAUUCAACUUACAGAUGCCCAUUUUGUGAUGAGAAGAGGAGGCGUGAUUACCGACUAAAAGAGCUUUCACUACACGCUUCCGAUAUUGGCAGAGACAGCAGGGUUUUAAAAGAGAAAGCAAAGCACUUGGCUUUGGAGAGGUAUAUAGAUAGAUAUCUUGAUGUGAAGAGUCGGAUAGAAUCAACACCUAAUGCUGGACAAAAAUCGCAAAGAAGGACUGAUGCAGUGGCUGGGGUGGUCUCUAGCCAACCCCAAAUCAGAGAAAAAAGUAAUCAUUCUGAGUCUCCAGCCGAAUCCCAUCUUACUGCUUGCCCGCCCCUAGCCCCCAAGCUUCCCACCCCCUACCCCAAGGCCAAACCCACCACAGCUUCUUCAGCUGGUGUUCGCCCUACUGUACAUGACAAUGACCAAUUGUUUGUAUGGCCUUGGAUGGGUGUUGUGGCAAAUGUUAAAACUGAAUUCAAGGACGGGAGACAUGUUGGGGAAAGUGGUACCAAACUCAAAACUGAGCUGGCAAGUAAAGGUUUUAACCCUGUGAAGGUUCAUCCUUUGUGGGGCAGAAGGGGUCACUCUGGGUAUGCUAUUGUUGAGUUCGAGAAAAGCUGGGAAGGUUUCCAUGAUGCAAAGUCCUUUGAGAAGAGUUUUGAAGUUGAUCACCGUGGAAAACGGGACUAUACUCUAGCUAGGAAUCGAGGAGAUAACUUAUAUGGAUGGGUUGCUCGGGAUGAUGAUUACAGCUUGAGUAGCAUUCUGGGUGAUCAUCUUCGUAGGAACGGAGAUCUGAAAACUGUUUCUGCCCAACAAGCAGAAGAACAGAGGAAAAAUUUAAAACUGGUUUCCGAUCUAGCUAGCACCCUGGAGACGAAGAAUUCACUAGUAGAGGAAUUGGAAAGAAAAUACCGCAAGACCGACAAUGAUCUAAACAAAUUAGCAAGCGUUUUAAAUAAAAAGGAGGAGAUGCUCAAAGCUAUCAAUGAAAAAAGAGAAAAAAUGCAAAAAGCUGCCCGUGAAGACCUGGAGAAGAUAUGCUUAGACCACAAGAAAGCCGCAUUGAAGUUGGAAACUAAAAAGAAAGAGCUUCAGCAACGUGAGAAACAACUGCAGGAACACCGUGCACAAAAUGAUAGCGAGAGAAGGAAACUCUACCACGAAAGGGAAAUGAAUGAGCGUGCUACCUUGGAACAAAAGACAGCUGAUGAGAAGAUGUUAUGGUUAGCAGAAGAACAGAAGAAAGAAAAGGAGACACUUCGUAAGAGAAUUAUUGAAUUGGAAAAGCAGCUCGAUGCCAAACAGGUACUGGAGCUUGAGAUAGAGCGAAUGAAAGGUGCUGUAAAGGUGAUGAAACACAUGGAGGAGGAUGAGGAUUUGGAAGCCAAGAAGAAGGUGGAGGAAAUACAAAGCCAGUUAAAGGAGAAGGAGGAGGAGUAUACCGAUGUAGAGGAACUUUACAAAACACUUCUUGUUAAGGAGCGGAGGAAUAAUGAUGAAGUGCAGGAGGCUCGUAAGGAACUAAUCAGUGGACUCUGGGAUUCAACCCACCGUGCUACUAUUGGCGUGAAGAGAAUGGGAGAUCUUGACCAGAAGCCAUUUCAAAUUGCAACCAAGGAGAAAUACUCCAAUGAAGCAGCAGAUGAGAAGGCUGUGGAGUACUGCUCUCUGUGGGAGGCGUAUCUUAGGGAUCCAAACUGGCAUCCUUUCAAGAUAAUUACGGAUCAAGAAGGGAAGCCUACGGAAAUUAUUGAUGAAAAUGAUGACAAAUUGAAGGAUUUGAAGAAUCAGCUGGGUGAUGAAGUAUACAAGGCAGUGACAACUGCUUUGAUGGAAAUGAAUGAGUAUAAUCCCAGUGGACGCUAUAUAAUACCUGAGCUGUGGAACUUCAAAGAAGGAAGGAAGGCUUCGUUGAAGGAGGGAGCAGUAUUUUUGCUAAGCAAGUGGAAACCGCUUAGGAAACGGAGAAGAUAAACAAGGUGACAGAGCGGAACAUGGAUGGGGUGCUUAAAGAGCUUCGGUUACUGGUAAGUGUCGAUUAGCCGCUGUUAAGUCUUCUUUUAUUGCUUCAUCCGAUGUCAGAUUGCGAGACUGAACAAAUUUAAGAAUUUCAUUUCAGCAUCAGAUAUGGUAAGAUUAGUGAGGACAGAUUUACCAUUCAAAUUUGUAUUAGUUAUUGGAUGUUUCAGCACACUACUUUGCAUGUCAUAUUUGGACCACAAAAAUAGGCUUCAGGUUGGUCUUUUGUCUCUGAGCUUUUCGGCAAAGGAAGUGAAAACCCCAUAGUUCUGCCAAA